AUGGCAUCUCCACAGGUCCUCCGUACUCCCAUCACCGAUCUUCUCAAGAUCAACCACCCAGUCCUCCUGGCUGGUAUGAACGUGGCCGCCGGCCCAAAGCUGGCUGCCGCCGUCACAAAUGCCGGUGGUCUUGGUGUCAUCGGCGGUAUCGGAUACACCCCAGAGAUGCUCCGUGAGCAACUCAACGAAUUAAAGGGAUACCUCACCGAUAAGAAUGCGCCAUUCGGCGUUGAUUUGCUUUUGCCCCAGGUCGGCGGUAACGCGCGAAAGACCAACCAUGACUACACCAAGGGAAAGCUCAACGAGCUUAUUGAUAUCAUCAUCGAGAGCGGCGCCAAACUUUUCGUCUGUGCCGUCGGUGUGCCACCCAAGCACGUUGUUGAGAAGCUCCACAAGGCCGGUGUUCUCUACAUGAACAUGAUCGGACACCCCAAACACGUCAAGAAGUGCCUCGAACUCGGCGCCGACAUCAUCUGCGCUCAGGGUGGUGAGGGCGGUGGUCACACUGGUGAUGUUCCUACUACCGUGCUCAUCCCAACCGUUGCCAAGCUCGUACAGGGACACAAGAGUCCCCUGACCGGCGCCCCUGUGCAGGUUGUUGCUGCUGGUGGUUUGUUUAACGGCCAGUCCGUUGCUGCUGCUUUGAUGCUUGGUGCUUCUGCUGUCUGGAUUGGUACUCGAUUCAUUCUCUCUGAGGAGGCUGGUGCUUCCGAGGCCCACAAGGAGGCCGUCCGCACUGCUGGAUUUGACGACAAUAUCCGAACCAUCAUUUUCACUGGUCGUCCCCUCCGCGUCCGCAACAACGCAUACAUCACCAACUGGGAAGAAAACCGCGCACAAGAGAUCAAGGAAUUGACUUCCAAGGGCAUUAUCCCCGUCGAGCACGACUUUGAGAACCUGUCCGAUGACGUUGAUGAUGAGACUCUGGACAAUGCCCGCCCCUUCCUCAUGGGCAAGGUUGCCGCUGUCGUCACGGAGAAAAAGACUGCCAAAGCUAUCGUUGAUGAGCUCGUGACUGAUGCUUCUGCAUGGUUACAGAAGGGUAAUAAGAUGAUUGCUAAGUUGUAA